UCGGAGUAGAGGUUGUAAAGAGGCGGCCGAGAGAGGCUGUGGGGGUAGGAAGCUAGGGUUAGAGGCUGCCGGUGAGGCUAGAAAGCCCGCGUGGUCGGUUGGAGGAAAUAUGUCUGUCCGGAGGCACAUUGGGAAUCCUGAGUAUCUGACCAAAAGAAUACCACAAAAUCCAAGGUAUCAGCAUAUCAAGUCAAGACUGGAUACUGGUAACAGUAUGACUAAAUACAUUGAGAAGCUAGAAGAGAUCAAAAAAAAUUAUAGAUACAAAAAGGAUGAGCUUUUCAAGAGACUAAAAGUUACAACUUUUGCCCAGCUGGUCAUCCAAGUUGCUUCCCUAUCUGAUCAAACACUGGAAGUGACAGCUGAAGAGAUUCAAAGGCUAGAAGACAAUGACUCUUCGACGACUUCAGAGCCCGACGGGGAAAUCGGUGCCAGGACCAACGGGAAGGGGAGCCCCGGGGAACAGUCGCCAAGCCCCAUGCAGUUCAUAACGAGCGCGGGAGCCGGGGACUCCAGUCGCUCCACUCUGCAGAGUGUCAUCAGUGGUGUUGGGGAACUGGACCUAGACAAAGGGCUAGUGAAGAAAGCAGAGCCCAACACCAAAGACAAACCUUAUCCUGACUGCCCCUUCCUGCUACUAGAUGUGCGAGACAGAGAUUCCUACCAGCAGUGCCACGUCAUUGGAGCUUAUAGUUACCCAAUUGCAACUCUGUCUAGAACGAUGAACCCUUAUUCAAAUGACAUUCUUGAAUAUAAAAAUGCCCACGGCAAGGUCAUCAUUCUGUACGACGAUGACGAGAGGCUGGCCAGCCAGGCGGCCACCACCAUGUGCGAGCGGGGGUUUGAAAACCUCUUCAUGCUUUCCGGAGGUCUAAAAGUCUUAGCUCAGAAAUUCCCAGAAGGACUGAUUACCGGUUCCCUGCCAGCCUCUUGCCAGCAGGCCCUUCCUCCUGGCUCUGCCCGGAAACGAUCCAGCCCCAAAGUGCCGCCCCCACCAGCUGAGAAUAAAUGGAGAUUUACCCCAGAAGAUUUAAAAAAGAUAGAAUAUUACCUGGAAGAGGAUCAGGGUCCUGCGGACAAUCCCAGCCGGCUGAGCCAAGUGAAUGCCGCUGGAAGAGACUCCAAGGUUCCAGGCGCCCGCAGCAGUCAGAACCUGCCCACCGGGGGCCCUGCUGGCCCCCCAAACCCCCGCUCGCUCAGCAGCGGCCACCUGCAAGGCAAGCCCUGGAAGUAAAAACUUUGCCCGUCUUAGUCAAAUAAAUACUUCUUCUCCUUUCGGAACCCCUGAGCAGUUCCCAAGUUGGUCAUUUUCAGAAACUGCCGCAGAGGAAAGACCCUGCCAUGUGUGACAGGCCCUCUGCCCUCUGCCCGGGGCCAGCUCCUCGCCUGCAUCCAGCUCGGAGGGAGUUUUACAAAAACCAGAGGCAUGACAGGCUCUAGUGUCCUCCCUAUUGUUUACAGAAUAUUUCAGUUUCUGAAACUGAGUAGGAAAAAAGAGUCUAAUUUUUUAGGCCCCUUUUUCUUUCAAAUAAGGUCCAGCUUGUAUUGGGUCAUGUCCUGCAUUGUUUUGUAAAUUCUUCAGCCCCAUCUGGUAUGUUCUUCCCAGCCACUUCUUUCUCACUCACUGGUCUUGAUUUCAUUAAGGUUCUCCAGGUGGGCUUUGCAGCAGCCGUCCGGGGGGGGGGGGUGCUUCUUACCUCUCAGCACCCCCCGGGCGUGGGCCCACUGGCUGAGGAGCUGUCUGCCCAGCGCCCGCCGCAGGCUCUGUCGUGAUUGGGAGGCUGGCACCUGGAGCUGUGCUCGGUUUUAAGGUUUGGUAGAGCCACCCUCGCGCUCCCUGAGUGUUCCUCCUCACCGGAUGUUUUCCUGGAACCAGCCCCGUGACGAUGUGCACUCAGCUGCCUUCACCCCGGGGCCUGUGUUAAGGGCCACUGACGCACCUCCCUGCCCACCCCGACCUGCCCCUCAUUGGUGGUCGGUUUCUCCUUCGUAAGUUUCCACUCCCCAGCUCGGGGAGUCCAUCUUCGAUGGAUAGAAAUUAUGGCCACUUGAAAAAGCAGCUUCAGUUGGGCAACCUCAGGCACACAAGGUGAGGACAGCUCCGCUGUCCUUUGUCAGGGCUGACAGCCCCUUUAAGCCCUAGCUUAAAAAUACAGUAUUAGUCUAAUUGAGUAAUUAGUGCAAUUUCCUGCUUACUUUUCAUUCUCAUGACUGAGCUGUGAUUAGGAGGUUGUGAUUAUAGAUUCUGGUUUGGGCCAGAAUUUUGAAUCAGCAUUAAUUGAAUUGCUAGGUGACUGACAUUCAUUCCAUUUAAUUGGGGGAACAAAAGACCUCAGGUAAGGAUGAGGGACUCCGAAAUCAUCAGGCAAAGGGAGAGAGCCUUGUUAAUUUUUAUGGUCUGUGAUCUGUAGCUGUGAUAAGGGACCAAGGAAUAAAUUGUGCUCUUUGUCAUGGCAACCAGCUUCUGAAAAGCCAACUGAAAAUUGCCUAUCCUUAGGUGGUUCCUGCUGCUGGGUAAGAUUUGCCUUACCAGGACUAUUUUCUCACCACCAAAAAAAAAAGAAAGAAAAGAAA